AAAAAAGAAAAAGAGUAUUAUUGCUUUCUGCUGAAAAGAUCAUCGCUUCGCAUUCAUUGUGAUUAGCCAAUUGAAGAAGCAGGAACAAGUUGCAAAAUGGCUCAUGAUGGAAUGUCUAGAGAGGAAUAUGAGGAAUACCAGAAGCAGAUGGUGGAAGAGAAGAUGGAGAGAGAUGCAGAAUUUGCUGGAAGAAAGGCAGAGAGGGCUUGUUUGAGGACGUGUUUAAGAGACAAAUAUCGACUUCCAAAGAGUGAACAGGAUGAGAUCAUGCUCCAGCAGGCUGGAGAUGAUGUUGAUGUUCCAGAGGAACUGAUAAAGAUGGUAGAUGGAGAGGCCCCACAGGAAGAGGAAAAGGGCUCUAUAAUGGAUCAGAUGCAGAAUCUUCAAAACAUGGACAUGGGGCAGCUGAAAGAAAAAGCUCAGGCCACAAUUGUGGAGAUGAAAUCCAAGGCUGAAGAAAAGUGCACUAUUAUGUAAUGUGUGAGAAGAGGCCAUUAAAAGUGUGUCAUAGGUCAUUUAUUAAAUUAUUUCUCAAAUUCUAAUGUCUUGUCUAAUCUUGAUGACACACAUUUAUAAGUCUAAAACUAUUAUUUUGUCAAUUGUUUCAAUUUGUGAGUUUUUUCAUUUGGUUCCUCUGUAUGUUUGAUCUUUUUUUUUGUUUUUUGUUUUUUUAAAUGAAGUCUUUCUUUUUUAUUUCAUUUCAUAUUUUCCUUUUUUUUUUUUUUUAAAUUUUUUUUAUCAAAUUUUGAUUUGGUUGCUUAUUGCGUAAAGAAGAGUGUAACUUUUGUAUGCUAAAAUACUUUUUCCUUUCCAAGAUUAAUAUGCAGAGACAACCAUAGCGAAGCAAUUUGUGGGCUGAUACUCCGAAAAGUGUAAACACUGUGGCACUUUCAACACUUUUUUUCUGAGCAUCCCCAAACAGCCUGACGCAGUAACAUUGGCUCAACCAGUGGCAUGUGUUUGGGGCAGGUAAUGCUCGGGACACAUUUUUAAUGCCUAUGUUUGGAAGAUCAUACCAUACUAUUGCUGCUGUAUCUAUAUACUGCAGAAAUAGUAAGAAUAGUAUGGUAAUAUUUUAUUCCAAACUUAGCAAAUAAAUAUUUUAUACAUCAAUUCCAUUUGGGGACUCUAGUGGCACAGAAAUUACACACUUCACCUUUAAAUGAUGAAGUCAGAGUUGUGAUCAAUAUCCACACUCUAAAUAAUAACCAUGACAUGAUUUAUGCACUAUUUAUUUAAAAAUAAAAGUUAUUUUGUCUAAAUGUCUGUUUAAAUCUACAGUACAUGAACAAGACAUUUUAUGUAAUGAGGUGAUAAUGAUAUAUUUAACAUUAAAGAUAAUUUAACAAAAUUAACAUACUUACAGUGACUAUGUGACAGUAUAAGUUGCAGUAAUACGUUAGUCACAUGAAGGCGAGGAUUGAAAACUGUUGGUAGUUAUGACUUAAAAUAAUAAACCCACUGAACCUACUAUCCUUAAUCAUUCUGUUAAGGAUGAUAUAGGUAAGGUGCCCCACUUGGUGCCUGACAGGCUGACCAAACUCGUUAUUCACUCUCAAAUCAAAUCAAAUCAUCGAUCAACUCCUCUAAACACAGCACAAAUCAAAUAUAGGGACACAUCAAUAACAUCAAUCCCAUGAGGUUUGAUGUUACUGAUGUGUCGCAAAGUGAUUGUAUGCUUUUAGAAGACUUGGAAUAUGACGCACGAGUCACAUAGACUACAUUUAUGACACUUUUGGGUGCAUUUUAAAGUCAUUAUUGACUGCUGUUAAAUG